AUGAAUUGCAUUCGCCAUAACUAAUAUCCUAUAUCGUUAAUAUGUAUAGCUUCUCAUUCCUGCUCAUGUUAAAGAAAACUAUGUGUCGAUUGCCUAUAUGAACAUGAAGUGGAUCAUAAACAGACAAUUCCAAUUCUUAGAUUUCGAGAAAUGGUUAUCAAUAAAUUAAAAGCAAAUAAGGCUGAUGAUACAUCUGAAUUAGCCAAUUAAAGAAAGAAUUUUAAAUCCUUUCUCUCUUAAAUUGAGAGUAUGAUGAAGAAAAUUUGGGAAGAUUUAAUUGUGUCAAUAAACCAAAUUUUCAAUAUGAUUGAACAGGAAAAUAAUUAAAACAUUGGUCUUAUAAACGAAAAUACGAAUAUAGCCGAAUCCUCUUAUACUGAUUUAGAAAAAUUAGUAUAAAUUGUAAAAGGAAAUACAUUAGAUUUAUGGAAAACUUAGAGAAAAGUUUAUUUGAUAGAAUUAGAAAAAGCAAAGAAUUUUUGGGGAUAAGAAGUUAAGACUUUGACUCAAAAGAUAAAAUAAGAAAUGAAUCAACUCCAAAAUUAAAUGAAACCUUAAAAUUGUUUGAAUCUUAAACCAUUUACUUAUGAAAUAAUUUAAGCCAAUUCAAUUAAAUAAUAAGAGUACUGUUAUGCAGUUGCUAUUAACAAAGAUUGUUCAAUUGUAGCAGCUGGAUGUAAUAAAGAAAUUAAGAUAUAUGAGUUCAUAUAAGAAAUGAUGAAAUUAAAUCAAGUCCUAAAGUAACAUAAAAAUAAUGUAGUCACUUUAAAUUUCAUGAAAUAAUCAAAUUAGUUGAUUUCUGGAGAUUCAGGAUCUAUUUUUAUUUGGUCAUAUAAUACCAAUAAUAAUUCCUGGAUUUGCUCAUAAACUAUUUAAGGUCAUAGUCAUUACCUAAGAUGCUUAAUUCUGAAUAAUAAUGAAGAUUUAUUUAUAUCAAUUAGUGCAGAUAAGACUAUUAAGUUUUGGAUUAAGUAAAAUUAAUGGAUUUGUUAAUAAACAAUCACAGAUCAUAAAGAUUAGGUUUAUUAAUUAAGUUUAAAUGAAUAACAAAAUCAAGUUAUAUCGUGUGGAGAGGAUGGACGGAUAUUAGUUAUUGAGUUAUCAGAACAUAAUAAAAAUUGGAUUGUAAAAUAAAAAAUACAAGUAGAUU